AUGGAGGGGAGAAUGAUUCCAGGAUUUUUAUUUUUUUUGGAUAAUAUUAGUGAAUUUGUUACUGGAUUUUGCGACGUGACAGCUAAGUCUUUCCUCUUGAAAUAAUGGUCAGCUUAUCUAACGAAUCGAGGCACACUGGGGGAUAUUUUUUCAAUGAAGAUGGAUCAGGACAGAACAAAGAUACAGAAGACUUACUGUCAGAAAGUCCAGCUUUAAGUGCUGAAUUGGACCCCCCUUUUAGAAAAAUUCACAUAGUUUGGGCUAUUGUAGUGGAAAUACUACUCUUUACUGGUCUAGUCAUAGCUACCUUUGUACUGCCACAUAUUUCAGUCUUACAACCUGAUAGAAAUGCUACAAAACAUGAUGGUAAACAUUUGGGAGCACAUGUUGAUGAAAUAUCAGUAGCCUGUUAUGUCCAUGGAGGACUUUGGUUUGUCCUGCUUGGGUUUGAUCGAUAUUUGAGAUAUCACCAUUACAGACACAGAAUGUGUGGAUAUCUUGAAUUUUAUCGAAGGACAAGACAUUUACGUAAAAUACCUCUGAUGGCAAAUUCAGCAGGUAAUGCUGCAUUGCUAAUAGUGCUGAAGCUAUUACAAAAUUUGAAUGGAACCCACACAGACUUAUAUAUAGAAAUAGUGAUUGCCUUGGAGGCAGUGGUAGCUGUGUCAGUGCUGUUGAUAUAUCUUGUAAAAACAGUAAAGUUUAAUAGUUUACUGAUGUCACCAGAUGUCGCUCAAGAUGAAAUGAUCUCUAGUUUCAUGCAGAACAGUGGUACUUCAGAGAUUGGCUUUAGUUUUGGAUGUAAUGAUAUUGGAUUUAAAGAUGAAAAUUAUUCAGAUCAAGUAUUGGAGAAGCAAGCAGAUAUGAUACGAUAUCUCAAACAACACAAUUCACAGCUUGGGAGACGUAUUCUAGCUUUGACAGCAGAAAACAAUGCAUUGAAAUCACAAAUCAGUCAGAGCUAAUGUUCAAAUGUUUAUUGCCAUUUAUAUGUCCCAUGAUAAGCUUUAUAUACACAAAUACAUGUCACUGCAAAUUCUUCAAAUAUCUUCUAUUUACCAGUACUGCAAAAGAGAUGAGGUAAAUAUGGUGCCAUAAGAACGGCGUUUAAAGUUUGAAAUGAAUUUACACUUAUCGUGAGCUUGAAUUAAACUGAUGAUCAUUAUAGCUCAUUCCUGUUAACAUGAAUGUAUUGCUGACGACUAAGAUUCCUAGACAAGUAUAUGUUUGCAUGUCUGUUACUUAGGAAUGAAAACAAUGUGAAUAUAAUUACAUAAUUGAUGUAAAAGUAUACUGUACAUUUCAUGCAAGUAAGUGCAAGAAGAGAUGAAAAGAUUUGCAAGAUUGAUUUGAUAAUUAGGAAAAAUAACAGGUCAAAAUAAUCUCUAGUCAAUUUGUAGCUUUUUGUUUCAACACAAAUUAAGAAAGACCAAUUAAUAUUGAUUUAAAUGAAAGGAUGGAUGUUUUUUUAAUUGAAAAAAAACCACCUAGAAUAUUUAUGAUUCAAGUAGCAAGAAAUGUAAAAAAAAAACAACAAAAAAAACACUCCAGAAUCCAGAAUUUCAUGCUGUUGUACAAAUGAAUAUUGCAUAUAUAACAUGAAACAGCAACUAUUGAUAAUUUAUUAUUACAUGUACUACCGCUACUUUCAUAGUAUUAUAACUGGAUAGUGUUCAUUUUGUUUUAUGUUUAGAUAUGUCAAUGUAACAAAUGUUAUUUUCGUUCUAUCUAGAAUGAUUAUUUAAUAAUCGUAUUGUAGUGAAAGUAAAGAGUAGAUUAAUUACAAAAAAAAUUAUUGUGUAUGUGUCCAUGAUUAUUGAAUUGUAAAAAUUCUGUAAUCCUAGUAUGCCCUGUAGAUAUAACAAUAAGGAGAUGUGGUGUGACUGCCAAUGAGACAACUAUCCACCAAAUGCAAAAUGACAUAUAAGUUUGAAACUGUAGGUCUCUGAAUGGCCUCCAACAAUGAGUAAAACCCAUACUGCAUAACAAGCUUUAAAAGGCCCUGAAAUGACAAAUGUAAAUCAGCUAAAAACUAACGGCCUAAAUUUAUUUACAAAACAAUAAACGAAAAACAAAUAUGAUAUAUAACAAUAAAAGACAACCACUGAAUUACAGAUUCAUUCAUAGUUUGAUUUGAUGUCUGACUUUUCUCUAAGAUUUUUUUUCUGAAAUCUUCAGAGAGCCCAUUUGGCCAAUUGGAAACAGACCUUUCCCUAAUCAUCAAUUGAGUGUCUAGUUUCAAUAUCAUGAAUAUUUUUGGAACAUCCAAUUUCGCCUUUUUUUACGAAUAGAAUGCAGGAAAGAAAAACAGUAUAUGGUUUUGGAUUAUAACUAUUCUAUUAAAUAUUAGCUAGUUUAAAUGCAUUUUGCCUUUUUGCUGAUUAAUGAGCUACACAUUACCAGUACCUAAGAGUUUCAUUUAGGUAUAUCCUAGUUCCACACAAUAAAAGCCACAUUUCCAAAAUGAAUAACUUCUUAAAAUCAAAAUUUUCUACUCUGAUGCUUGUUCUUCUUUCAGAACUUGAGCUGAUUUAAGUAUGAGGUGCUGUGGAACUUAUAAAAGUUUCCUUGCAGUGGUUAUAUAUUUUGCCUUAUAAUGCCAGUGAACUUAUAAUUGUGUAAUAAGUAAUUUCAGAUCUUUGUUAAAUCUCAGUAUAAAGUUAAAAAACAAAAAUACCAAACUCCAACCUGAUUUGUGUUGUUAUGAGGUCAGGGGACACAAUUAUAAUUACAGACCCCCUUAACAUAAAAUUAUCCAUAUUUUGAGUUAGAGCUGAUAGACUUUUCUAUAAUUUUGAUAUAAUUUGUCCCAAAAAUAGUACACUACACUGUAAAAGUCUUUUUUGGAUAGAGCAGGUGCGAUUUUUUUAAUUUGCGUUUUUUGUCUAAAAGAAAUGCACUACGAAAUAACUGUGUUCUCGGGCCAUUAGAGAUUAAAGUUGAGCUAACAGGAACCUUUGGACUAUGUUUUAUCUGAACAGUGUUUCAAAAGGGAAUUCAUUAAAUUGUGUGGAAGAGGUAGUAUAAAUUUCUCCCAAUUUUUUUUCUCUCAUGUGGUUUUGAAAAAUCUAAAAGUUGUGAAUCCUACUGGAAUUUGAAUAUUAUAAGAGUCUACUAAUCUUAUAGUAAAAACAUUUUAGCAAUUUUACAUAUAUUCAUAAAACCAAAAUAUCAUUCAGCCCUACAUGGUCAAGCAUUAUGACACAAACUCUUCAUUUUACAUGUUUUUAAUUUGCAUAGAAGGAUGUCUCUUACCAUUGUAAGUUUAUUUGUAUAUGAAAAACUAUAAAUAGCUUUACUUACAACAGAUUUUUGAUUUUGGUUAAUGAUGUUCUUGUACAUUUUUGGGAUGAUUACUCAAAAUUUUCCAAAAUAGGUAAAAAUUCAGUUUUAGGCUUUCUCCAGGCCUUUAUAGUUUGGUGAUCUGUUAUGAAAUGAGCUAUAAUAUUGUUAGAACAUCUAAGUACCACAUGGAGCUGUGAUGGUCUGAAUUUUGAAUAAAGAUUGAAAGACUUUUUGACAAUGACCCUUGUGUGAAAUAAAUUGAGGAGAAAUUAGCCCUAUCUCUUUAUGUUUCCUAUUUGUUUUUCUGUAGUAUUAUUGCUGUACUUAAUAGCCUUCUUAUUAAAAAAAAUACCAUACCAUGUGCCAUUUUUUGUGGCUUUUACAUACUUCAAAAGCUAUUUCUACUGCCAAAUCACAAUACCUUUUUUGAAAUCUUUGAGAAAUACUAAAUACUAUAUAUAUGCCACAUGAGCGAUAUACAUCAUAUAGGGUCUUUGGAACCUCUACUUAAUUGUCUUAAUACUUGUCUACUAUAAACAACAUAUGCAGUCACAAAUGUAGGUUUAAUUUAAACAUAUUUCAUUGUUUUAAAAAAAAUCUAAAUGAAGAUCUAUUUAAAAGAAGUUUUAGAAGUAUAGUAGUUUGCUUUAUGCUAAUGUAUUUCUUUUAUAAAAGUAUGUAUAUGAAUUAAUGUAUAUUAUUUAAUUGUUAUUUAUUAUAUUUUGCCAUGUAUAAUAUGCAUUGUUUUUUUUUUUAUGUUUUAUAUAUGAUAUGAAUAAAACACACAUAUGUUUUUUCCAAUUUUUUUUCUCCUAGUUAUUAUUGUCAGAUUAUUUACCUAACUUUUUGAAAAUAUUCUUUUUGUCCCCUGUGUGACGUGUUGCUGGGGACAUAGACAUACCGGGCGUCCGUCUGUCCAUCUGGUAUUGUUAGUGUUCUCACUUGUAAAAUGCUUGCCAGAUUUUUAUAAAACUUAUAUCAUAGGUUUAUAUCUGCAAUGUGUCUGACAAGUUAUAAAAUCAGUGCCCAUCAAAUAUUUUUUAAAGAGUCUGCCCCUUGGAAAUAUUAAUUAUAUGGAAAAGUGCUUUGUUAGCUCUCUCAUGUGUACAAUUCAUGCCAGAUUUUUAUGAAACUUAUAUCAUAGGUUUAUAUCAGCAAUGUCUCAAACAAUUUCGAAAAUCAGUGCUGAUCAUGUAUUUUUAAAAGAGUAAUGCCCCUUGGAAAUAUUGAAUAUAUGGAAAUUGCAUUGUUAGCGCUCUCAUGUGUACAAUUCUUUGGCAUAUUUUUAUAAAACUUAUAUCAUAGGUUUAUAUAAGCAAUGUCUCUGACAAGUUUGAAAAUAUGUGCCGAUCAAGUUUUUUUUUAAAAAGAGUUAUACCCCUUGGAAAUAUUAAUUAUAUGGAAAAUUGCAUUGUUAGCACACUCAUGUGUACAAUUCUUGCCAGAUUUUUAUAAAACUUAUAACAUAAGUUUAUAUCAGCAAUGUCUUGGACAAAUUCCAAAAUCAGUGCCAAUCAUAUAGUUUUAAAAGAGUUAUGCCAUUGGAAAUUAAAGAAGUAAAAAAAAGUUUUUUUUAGUUAUUGCCCUUGGACAGAUAAGAUAUGUGCAACGGGGGGAACAUCGGAACUCUAUUCUUUUAUAUAAUUUUGUUUUAUUCUGAUUUUGUAUAACCCCUCUCUUUUUUCGUUAGCAGUUCAACAGUGAGUUGUAAGGUGUGUAUGCUUAUCUGAUCCGUCAGACACUACUUCCUGUUUUCUGAUACUUUGAAUAAGAAGUGGUGGUUUGCUUAGCAUGAUAAAGUGUGCAUUUAAAAAAAAAUUAAUUAAAUGUUCAUUGUAAAAAAUCA